CUGUUGCUGGCGGACGGCACAAUCCGCGACAUCGUGGCCGACGACGCGGUCCCCGCCACCGCCCGCACCACGCGGCUCGCGGGCGGCACGCUCGCCGCCGGGUUCAUCGACCUCCAAGUCAACGGCGGCGGCGGCGUGAUGUUCAACGACGCGCCGACGGCGGCAACGAUCGCGGCGAUCGGUCGCGCCCAUCGCGCCUUCGGCACCACGGGCUUCCUCGCGACCUUCAUCUCCGGCGCGCGCGCCGACAUGGCGCGGGCGGUCGCGGCGGUGCGCGAGGCGAUGGACUCGGGCGAGCCGGGAGUCUCGGCAUCCACUUCGAAGGGCCGCACAUCAACCCCGCGCGCCGCGGGGCGCAUGACGCGCGGGCGAUCCGGCCGCCAGCCGAGGGCGACAUCGACCUGCUCGCCUCGCUGGCGCGGGCCGCACCCUGGUGACACUGGCACCGGAGUGCGUGACACCGGCGGAUAUCGCCGCGCUUGCCGCACGCGGCGUCAUCGUCGCCGCCGGUCACAGCGAGGCCAACGCCGACACGAUGGACACGGCGAUGGCGCACGGGCUCACCGGCGUCACCCACCUGUUCAAUGCCAUGGGCCCGCUCGGCCACCGGGAGCCGGGCGCGGCCGGCGCAGCCUCACCCGCGACCGCCUCGCCUGCGGCAUCAUCGCCGAUGGCGUCCACGUGCACUGGGACGUGCUGCGCCUCGCCUGGCGCGCGAAACCCCGUGGCACGCUUUUUCUAGUCACCGACGCGAUGGCACCGGUGGGUGCACCCGAUGCGGGCGUGAUCCGCAUCGGCAACGAGACUGUGCGGACCGUGGGGGGUUGCCUGCGCUUGGCCGACGGCCGGCUCGCCGGCUCGCUGCUGAACAUGGGGCAGGCGGUGAGAAACUGCGUCAUGCACGCAGGCAUCCCGCUCGCCGACGCGCUCGCCAUGGCCGCCGCCUAUCCGGCGGAUUUCCUCGGCCUUGGCGAGAGCCGGGGUCGGCUCGCGCCAGGGCUCCGCGCCGAUCUGGUCUGGCUCGACGAUGACCUCCGCGUCCGCGCCACCUGGAUCGGCGGCGCGCGCAGCGACACGCCGGAGGCGCGAUAG